CUCUCUCUCUCCGGCGACCCUCUCUCCCUCAGACUCUCACUCUCCGGCGACCUAUCUCUCUCCGGCGACCCUAUCUCUCUCAGGCUCUCUCUUUCCGGCGACCCCUCUCUCCCAGGCUCUCUCUCUCCGGCGGCCUAUCUCUCUCAGGCUGUCUCUUUCCGCGACCUCUCUCCCAGACUCUCUCUCUCUCAGGCUCUUUCUCUCCGGCGACCCUCUCUCCCUCAGACUUUCACUCUCCGGCGACCCCUCUCUCCCAGGCUCUCUCUCUCUCCGGCGGCCUAUCUCCCUCAGACCCUCUCUCCGGCGACCUCUCUCUCUUAGGUUCUCCCUCUCCAGUGACCCUUCUCUCAGGCUCUUUCUCUCCGGCGACCUCUCUCCCUCAGACUCUCUCUCCAGCGACCCUCUCUCCCUCAGACUCUCACUCUCCGGCGACCUAUCUCUCUCCCAGGCUCUCUCUGUCCGGCGGCUUAUCUCCCUCAGACACUCUCUCCGGCGACCUGUCUCUCUUAGGUUCUCUCUCUCCGGCGACCUCUCUCUCAGGCUCUUUCUCUCCGGCGACCUCUCUCCCUCAGGCUCUCUCUCCUGCGACUUAUCUCUCUCUCAAGCUCUCUCUGUCCGCGACCUCUCUCUCUCCGGCAACCUCUCUCUGUCCUGCAACCUCUCUCUCUCAAAUGUCCAGGGAGGAGGAGGACGACCCCAUGGGUAUUGAAUCCAUGGCCACUGAAAAGACAAGAAUCACUAAGAGGCGACUAUCAAGCUCUAAAAACUCCCGUACGGAAAUGACUCGUUCAUUUGAUGAUAUUGAUAAGCUCUUGAAUUUGGAUUUUACCUCUUUCCAAGGUUUUUCGAGUCGCAUGGAUCAUCUUGUUUCAUUGGAUGCAACAAGCUGGGCUAUUGAGAUACUUUAUAGCUGGAACACAUAUCACCCGGGUAUCAUUGACCAACCACGUAAACAAGUUCUCGAGGAUUGCUGGUCAUAUUCUUUCUCUAGAGGCCAGUCCUCUUUGGUGAAGAGGUUAGAAUCUCCUAGGAAGAUUCUAACUCAGAAAGCAAUCUUCUACGGAGUCGAUGAAAAAUGCAUCUCAGAAGAUGGUGGAUUGAUUGAUUUUGAGCUUUUGGUGAGGUUCUUGAAGGAAAAUGAUUAUGUUGAAGACAUGAUCCUCCAUGAAAAGGAGGGAGAUGACCCAGAGCAAUAUUUUGGAAACCUCAUUAGAAGGCUUCUUGGCAUUUCACCAAUUGUUAUUUGCAUUGAUUGUCCACCAAGCUUUGAAUCAUUCACUGGAACUAGGGGAAUUUACACUCCACUGGAAGUUGAGAUUGAAGCUACUAGAUUUGAGUCAUUUACUCAACAUAGCUUUCUUCUUACUGGUCAUGGGUUAGUCAUCUAUAAUGGCGUGGAGUCUGUCAGAUUUCUUGAGUUUCAAGACUCACAGGGAAAGGACUGGGGAGAAAAUGGGUUCCUUAAGAUAGCUAAUAUCUAUCCUUUCAUAAAAAAUGUUAUUGAGUUCAAGGUUUGAAUCUUCUUCAGCAGAGAUAUGAAGAGGCGGCCUUCUCUAUGGCCUUCGCUUUCGUUUCAUGUGUUUUUUUUCUCUGUGUUUGUUUUUUCAGUUUUUAGAAAAAACUCUCAACUGGAUUUGUGGUCGUUGUCAAUGUAACAAAACCCAAUUCUAGUUACAUCUAAAAUCCAAAGACUUGUAUUAGUUUGGGUCUAACCCACUUUUUAAAGUAUGCUGAAUUCGCUA